CAACCUCUCUCAACCAUACUGUACAUUAUACACCUUUUGGUAGCUUGCUUCAAUUUCAAAAUCACCAAGUUUAUCUUUAAAAUCAGUCAAGAUGGCUCGUCAAUUCUUUGUUGGUGGUAACUUCAAGAUGAAUGGCUCUGUCCAGAGCAUCAAGAAGAUCAUCAGCGGUCUGAACGAGGCCAACCUCGACCCUAAAGUCGAGGUCGUCGUCGCCCCUCCCGCACUCUACCUCCUUCUCGCCCGCGCCGAGCUCCGCAAGGAGGUCGAGGUCGCCGCCCAAAACGUCUACGACAAGAACGAGGGCGCCUUCACCGGCGAGAUCUCCCCCGCCCAGCUUAAGGACUCCAACAUCGGCUGGACCCUGAUCGGCCACUCCGAGCGCCGUGUCAUCCUCAAGGAGUCUGACGAGUUCGUCGCCUCCAAGACCAAGAACGCCCUUGACCAGGGCGUCCGCGUCAUCCUUUGCUGCGGCGAGUCCCUCGAGCAGCGCGAGAAGGGCGAGACCGUCUCCGUCGUCACCGCACAGCUUGGUGCCGUCGCUAAGGCCAUCAGCGCUGAGCAGUGGGCUAACGUUGUCAUCGCCUACGAGCCAAUCUGGGCUAUUGGUACCGGCAAGGUCGCCACCACCGCCCAGGCACAGGAGGUCCACAUCGCUCUCCGCCAGUGGUUGUCGAAGACCAUCAGCGACAAGGUCGCUGAGGAGACGAGGAUCAUCUAUGGUGGCUCCGUCAGCGAGAAGAACUGCAAGGACCUGGCUACCCAGCCUGAUAUCGAUGGGUUCUUGGUUGGAGGUGCUAGCUUGAAGCCAGCGUUUGUUGAUAUCGUCAACGCCCGCUUGUAAGCGGUUCCUGGGUUAAUUAGGCCUAUUUGAGUGUGCAAUGGCGGCAAGCUUUUACCCUGCAGCAUAAAAGUAGAAAGUAGAAUUGAAGUUCUCAUGUAGCCCAAAAGUCUG